AUGAUUCUUAGACAGGAAGAAGUCGUCGUGGGUUAUACAGCUGGGGAUAGGGCGGUACUGGCCGUACCGUCAGGAAACGUUACCAUGAACAGCAGGCUUAACAAUUUGGAGGCUUUAUUCAUUCGAACGGAAUCUGACAGUUCUAGUAAUGAGCCUGCUUCCGAAAGAAACGAAGAAGACGGCGAAUUGCAACCCAUUUCUGAGAAAGAACACAACUACACAGACCGCCAGAAGUCAAAGAAAUUGGUGGAACUCAAAGAGUUGUCUUUGGCUAGGGCAUAUGUCGAUUGUCUUCAAGGUAAACAAUGUAUAAAUCAACAAAGGAUGAAUACUUUGGCUAGCGGGAGAUAUGAGGCUGAUGUUUUAAAAGUUUCACAAAGCGAGUGCGAAGGACUAUUAAUCAGAAAGCUUUUCCUCAUGCAAAAAGCUUGGGAGUGGUUGAAAGACCACGCGAAAUGGGAGUUGGUUCCAAAAGUUUGUGAAAACUUAUCGCCUCCUUCUUCAAAACAAACCAAAAUAUCUUCAUCCAACACCUACACAACAUCUUCUGAUGCACAUUAUCCUCCUAGACCCCCUAAUAACAACAAUCGUUUAAUGUUGAAGACUCAUCACCUUAGAGAAAAAUAA